CUACCGCGCCCUCUACAACUACAAACCGCAAAACGCCGACGAGCUGGAAUUGCUCGAAGGGGACAUCGUGUACGUGCUGGAAAAAUGCGACGACGGUUGGUACGUGGGCACAUCGGCCCGGACCGGUUGCUUCGGAACCUUCCCCGGAAACUACGUGAAGAAAUUAUGAGACAAGCUUAAUCCAUCCACUGGAAAUCCGCCCCCACCAUCAGCGCCAUCUACCGCCACCGUCGUUGGCCCAGUAGUUCACCACAGUGUCCAACAUCAACAACACCAGCAUCAUUAUCAUCAUCGUCGACUUGAUCAGCCGCCAGUCGGGAGCCAGCCACCAAGACCGGCCAAUCGACCACCGCUGGAUCCCUCAAACGCCACGAUGAAGCGCAAGGUUGAGUUCCUUGGCGUAUUCUAGGGUGCCUUAGAUGAGCAACAGCAAGUACAACGUCAGCUUAAACAACUCAGCCAGCCACGCGCGUAAGAAGCACCACAAAUCUCUAACCAAAAAGUAAUUGUAGAACCCCGUGUGGACAUCGCCGCCAGGAGGCGCCGCCGAUCGGCCUCCUUUUGUUACAUAAUGUUUUAAGAGGUGAUAGCUAAACCAAAAACAAGAGAAGCGACCCCCGUUUCAAUACAUUGAUUGCCGAUGAGAAUAACAGGAGUAAAUGUUUGCUAGUCAUUAUCCUUCCAAAACAUGUAUGAAAACAAAAAUAAAAAUCAAAUGGAAAACUUCAACCGUUACAAAAAAAAGGAACAACAGUCGUACAACCAUGUUGUUUGGAAUAAAAACAGAUAAUUUUAAGUGUUGCGUUACAAGAGAGUAUACAAAUAGAGUUUACACCUAAUCUAACAAAACUACAAUCAAGCAUAGAAAAGAUAUUCAAAUCCCGUACUAAACGUAUAACGGAAAGCACCGUGUUUCGUCUUCAACAGUUUUAUUUACCAUUUGAAGCUAUUGUUUAUAUUAUUUUUUGUCAAAAAAUAUUUGUUUACGUGUUGCUAUUAUUCAUAUUUUAUUUUUAACGAUAAUGGAAAACACAGAAAGAUGUUCUUAAUUUAAUGAGUUAUUAUUGAAAUACCUAAACAUCACAGAGCUAUACCUAGUAAAUAUAUAAAAAAAAGAAAUUGUCAAACACUUUCGGUCAAAAUCUUACGUAGGAAAACGUCUGAAACAGAAUCAAAGCAAUCCACUUAUUUGCCUUCCCGUCAGUAUAUGUAGAAUUGGGGAUACCAUUCGGAUAGAUUUUAGAAAAUUGUGCCUUUAGGAUUAAUUUCCAAAGAUUUUUCAGAAAUUUACCCAAUUUUUCGAUCGUUUAACUAUAAAAUGUAACAUGAUUUCACUUCCACGCCUGAUCUGUAAUAAUUACUGAAAAAAAAAAUGUUGAAAACAUGAAACAGCUGAAGUACCAAAACAAUUCCGAAGACGAACCGCCUCUAAACAUCGCAAAUUCUCAAAACAAUAACCACUAAAAGAGAGCUAAAGGGUUGAUGAUGACUUCGUAAAGGCCCUUCAUGUUUGCGAUCGUUUAUGUAUUGAAGUUUGUUUACAAUUUUGCAAAAUUCACCUAAUAUUCAACAGCAGCUAAUUCUUACCAUUGAUCGAUUAAUUUGAUACUGAUAUUUAUUUUCAUGUCACGUCGAUACCACGCGAUCAUUUGCGUGGUUCAAAAGAAGAGGAACUUAAACAUAACCACUAACUUUUAAACGAGAUAGAGCGGUCUAACUAGUAAGAAAGCAAAGCUACUCAUCCAGUAGAACCUCUACGGUGUAAUCUUCUUAGCACGUGUUUUGUUUGGUCACUUAAUCUGUAUGCGAUACCACGGUUACUACUCAUAAAUAACAUAAAUAAUGAUGAUGAAAAAAAACCAUCACCCUACAUACACUCUCAAACACGUACUUGCACACACCCACACGGCAUACUCAGUUGUAGUUUUUUUUUCCUGUUUUCGUAGAAAAGUCGAGCCACUUACAAACACUAAGAUUCUGUUGAUGAAAUAAAAAUAAAAAAGGAAAUCAA